AUGGCUGCCGUUGACACGAUCGAUUAUGAUUAUGCGCAUCAUUUUUGGGGCGAGAAGCAUCUCGGUUUUCAUGUACUCUAUGAAAAUAUGAAACAUGGCGAAGAAACAGUGAACGAAAUUGGACAAUUCAUCAAGGAACGUCUUGCGAUGGAAGAAGAGUAUGGAAAAAUGUUCACUAAAUCUUUGAAUCGGGUGUCAUCAUUUGUUUCAAACGGAUCAAGUCUAGAGUGUGGUUGGACGCUUGCCAAGGGAACUUUUGAGCUACUAGCUGAAAUUCACAUCAUGCUUGUGAAAAAUCUCCAAGACUUAGGAAAAGAGAUUGCAAAAUACAAAGACGAACUGACUAAAACACGAAAAGAAGCGAAACAACAAGAUAUCAUUGAUGCUGUGAAUCUCAUGCAAACAACCACCACAUGUUUGCAGAAGUCUAAGGAGACAUAUUUUGCACGAUGCAAUGAACUGGAUAAAUUGAAGAAGGAAUCGAAUGUUAAUUUAAAAGAAGUUUCAAAGAUGGAAUCAAAAAUGUUGAAAUCUAAAGAAGAGUAUCGUGCCUAUGUCGAUAAGUACGAAACGGUACGCGUUGACUUCGAAGAAAAAAUGGAAAGAGCGUGCAAAAUGUUCCAGUCCCAUGACAGGUCACAUUUUGCUGCAUUACAACAAUUCCUUUUGAUGUAUGCAACACAUCACCAGGAAGCGACUAUUGCAGCGCAACAGGUAUCUGGUCAGUUUCGUGAAUCACUGCAACAGCUCAGUGUAGACGUCAUGGUAGCGAGAUUUGUGCGGCAAAAAUCUACAGGAAUGGAAAGGCCACAACCUGCUAUAUUCGAGGAGCCUUCGGAUUCAUCAGUGGUAUCAGAAGACGACACUCAACGACAAAGUGGUUCGGUACCAUCAUCAAGUUGCUCAUCAGGUGUUGUUCCGUCAAAUCCACCUCCACUUGCUCCAACUGCUGAUGGAUUGCUAUCGCUGGACCCAAUAGAUGCUUGGUGUGAACCGCGAGAGCCGCAGGUCCAACCAUCACCGACUGCCUCACAUAGCAGUGAUUCUACUGCUGGUGGAGUGCAAACAGUUCCCGCAUUCUCUGCUUCCGUUGGAGGCACAACGUCAACUGGACGACAGAAACUGUCCUUGUUUCUUCCAAAAAGAAAGAAAACAGUAUCACAAAGCAGUGGUAACGAGGAACACGAGAAUACUGGAGGAUUGUUCAAGUUCCGCCAGAAUCGUCGUUCAAAAAAGUCCAUGCCAGAUGCAACAGAAAAGUCGGACGUGGUCAGCAUGGACGAUGUUCACAGCACUGCAAGCAGCACUAAAAGCGAUGAAAAGAGGAUUAACGGUUCAACGAGUCUUCUCGAUCUACCUCUAGCACCACCUCCUCCACCACCUGUUGAUGAUGAAGGGUAUACGAUAAGGGAGCAGGAGAAUGACAAGGAGGACACAAAUUGGUCAUCCUGUAGCAGUAGUGAUGAGGAUGAAAACACCUUACAACAAUCCAAAAUUCGUAGUCUAACUAUACGACCCGCUGACUCGGCGAGGACAAUGAAUGCGUCAGUGGAUGAACUACGUGACGCCAUCGGACAUAUCAACAUAUGCAGAAGUAACACGUUUGAUAAGGAUCCUUGGACGAUUGGUUCGAGCCGUCCACCGAUGUUUUCUCAAUCUCUCAGUGGUGGCAGUUUGAAGCCGCUUCGACCAUGUCACACAGCUGACGGUCGAUUUAGAUCUAACUUUAACGAGUCAGAAUUCGGCAAGAAUGAUGUGCCGUUGAACUUCUCUGCAUCAAUGGGUCCCAUAGCAGGAAUGGCUCGAGCACGGCCAAGAAGCAAUACUCCAACUCAUAAUCUAGCUUUUGGCAUGGGAGCAGCAUUGAGGAAGGAUUCGGUUGGUUCCUCGGAGUGGGGAUCAUCGUUUGCGAUCAAUAACGGUGAUGGAAAUCAUUCGCUAGGAGAAUCGUCAUUUAAUCUUUCCCAAUCUACCGCAAAUCUUAUGCAGGCCACUAUUAGUGAGCAUCGAGUUCCUGUGGCGAUGGCUGUGAAUGAGUAUUGUCAUGUGUGGUUCAAAGGCGCGAAAGUGGAAGACCGUAUAUCACGAACAUUUGGCACAGUGCUGAUCUCAUUUGCUGCUUCGUCGUUGCCGUUCUUGACCGAUGUACACUCAGAUGUUGAACCAUUACAGUUCAAUAUUUCUGAUGCAGACGUGAUUAAAUCAGUCGUGCCAAAUAAACAGCUUCUUCUGCCUGAUUCUGUUGCUUCGCAACAUGGUCCUUCGUAUCAUUAUCAAUUUGAUCGUCUUGGACUAGCGAACUGGUUGCUCGGGCAACAGAAGGAAAAACCAAAUGCUGCUUUCUUCAAUGCAGAGGUGGUUCGUUAUGAAUUAUGCGAUGAUGCACGUGUUACUCAACCUCCUUUGUUGAUUACGAGUUAUUGGAAAUGUGAAGAUGAUCAUACAGAUGUACGAUUAGACUAUCUGCUCAAUAGCGAAUGCGCUGUGACAACGCCUCUACUAAACUUGGUCUUUUCCACGAAAGUUUCUGGGAAUGUAAGCAAUGUAACAUCCGAACCUUCGGCCUCCUGGUCUGCUGAAACUAGUACAUUGUCAUGGACUGUCACAGAAUUAUCCAGGCACGGUGAUUGUGCAGGUUCACUUAAAGCUCGGCUACAUUUAUCCGGUGAUGGACCAUCGCAACCGGCGAAUGCCCAUGUUCAGUUCCAGUGCUCGGAUGCCACGAUAUCUGGAGUAAAUAUCGGAAUAACCUCUUCUGACUCAUAUCAUUUAUCGAUGGUACGACGGAAAGUGCUGGCGGGAAAGUACUUUUGCGAACCGGAAGUUCGAAAGUGA